CGCUUUGUUUUAUAAGUAACUAUUCUUUUGGACGAAAUUUAUUUCGCAAUAUACGUAUAACAAUCUGAAAAGAAAUUAUUUAUAUAACAAGGGAAUAAUUUUCGAUUUGAAAAAAUUGUUUAACGUAGUUUCGUUACUGCAAGAUUAAUGAUCCGAAUAAAAGAGUAUCCUACUUUUUACUACAAUCAGCGCAGUUUUAUUUUCAAAAUCGCAUUGUACUAAUGUUUAUAUCACAGAAUCUUGUUAUUUAAGAAUGUCGUUUUUCAUAUUUAGUGUUUCCAGAAAGAGAAGAGUGGGGCAGAGAUGCAUGUAUUGUGUUCAGCGGUUACGCAAGAUAAAAUGUAAAAUAUGUUUAAUAUAAUAAAUGAAAAGAUUUAUCUUAUUUUUAUUUUCAAAACUGAAAUAUACAUCGAUUAUAAUACGUUGCAAUGAGAAAUCUAAAGAAAAAUGAAUUAUAAGCGAAAUAGUGAAUAGAUAAGAAAUGAAAAAAUACCAUGAUUAUAUCUGCAUCUAUGUCGAAUGAAUAUGGCGAUUCCAUAAAAAUGGGUUACCUUAUUAUUACAAGUGACUGUAAGCUGGGUUAUCAAACAUACGAAAUGUUCCCGACAGCGUGUACGAUUACAGGCGUUAGUUAAAGCAUUCGUAAUGCGCAAGUCGCUUAAUAAAUAUGCGAUUUGUAUUAUCACUGUGUCCUUGCCGCGUAGGUGGACGAUUAUCACGAUAAGUAGGACAAUUUUGACAGGGAAACUUGGUUAGUUGAACUGUUGCGAAAAGUACAAGGAGCACCCUGUUUUUGUAGUCAUUAGUAAUAAGACGUACUUCAAAGAGGAAGGAUGCAUGAAAUCAAAUCUCUGAUGAACAUAAAAGUGGUUGAAAUAUAAACUGAAAAAUGAGCUGGUUACGAAAUAGUCCGCUGAGGACUAGUUUUAGCAAGCAACGAUCAAGAGACUCUCCACCAAAAGACGCUGAUCCAUCAGCAUGUUAUGACAGCUUCUGUAAACAUUGGCAGCAAGCUUAUGAAAUCAUUUUACAUACAUCUCCGCCUAAGGGAAUACCUAACCAGGAUGAUGUCCUCGGAGUCGUCAAUCAUAUAGAUCAUAUGGUAACACUUUUAAUAUUAGAAUUACGAGAUUCUCGUACUUACAACAAUUAUCGACAAUCUACGACAGCGACACAUUCUCCUUGUUUGGAAUACUUGUUAAGCGAAAAUCUUCUUGUUAAACUAUAUGAUUGGAGCAUACAUACUGGAAGAUUUAACAAUGCUGUACGUUUGGAGCAAUUAAAACUUUAUGAAUUAUUAGUAUCGCAUAGUAGUAUUCUUCUUGCCCAUGAACCAGUUGCCAGACCAUUGUUACGAUUACUUGAAGAUUGUGCAAAUGAUAUCAUGCCAUUAGAAGUAGAAAAGAAACUGGUAGUGUUAUUAAAUCAAUUAUGUGUGACUUUAAUGCAAAACAUGGCAUUACUUGAUUUAUUUUUCCAUCCAACGGCAGUAGGAAAAAACAAAUUUAUUAUCUUUACGUUAUUAAUACCACAUGUACAUAGAGAAGGUGGUGUAGGACAGCAAGCACGUGAUGCCAUGUUACUUUGCAUGUCUCUUUCCAAGAAAAACGAUGAAGUUGGAGUAUAUAUCGCAGAUCAUUCUAAUAUAUGUCCUGUGUUAGCAACAGGGUUAAGCGGAUUAUAUUCACUGCUGCCUAGAAAGUUAGACAUCGAGACAAAUGAUUGGCAUCGAUUGACACCAGACGAUGUUAAUGAUUUACCAGCAUUGAUGCAUCUAAUGAAUUCUUUGGAAUUCUGUAAUGCAGUUGCACAGGUUGCACAUCCUUUGGUUCAGAAACAUUUAUUGGAAUUUUUGUACCAUGGUUUUUUGGUACCUGUUAUGGGACCAGCUUUGUUACAGGAUUCUCUUGGUUUGACCAUAGAACAGCUAGAUGCACAAGAACAUUGGGCAACUGUGGAUGAAUUGGUUGCAGCCACAGCUUACUUUGAUUUAUUUCUACGAUCUGUAACCGAACCUGGUCUUUUACGUUCACUUGUUCGAUUUUUAUUAGAAGAUAAUUAUGAUGAGUGCAGAAUAUUAGAUAGUCUUAUCCAGAGGAUAUCAUCAAGAUCGAGGUUAUGUAUAGUAACCCUGGCGCUAUUUGAAACUUUGGUCAACUUAAAUUGUGAAGAUGUUAUGUUAGAAUUAUGUUUAGCUGCAUUGAGUCCUUGUUCUCAUGUGAUGCUUUCUCAGCGUAGAAGACUAAGGGAUAUAGAUCCAUUCGGACGUGCCGCUGAAAAGUUUUUGUCGUUAACGCCAACCUGUUGUUCACCGCUUGCAUCUGUAAAUUCUCAAUUCAAUUCAUUACCUAAUAACACAACGCAAGAAGAAAAUUCAAAUACUACGUCUGAAUCUUUCAAGUCAUUGUCCACGUCUAUAAAUUAUGGUGCAAGAAUAACGGAUAGUUUGUACGGAAAUUAUCAUGCAUACUUAUGUGAUGCUCGACAAAAAAUAAGAGCUUGUCGUAUUGCCUGUUCCAACUGGUCAUGUCAAUAUAACGGAGAGUUAUCAAUGCAUAGUACCACUAGCAGUGCGACAACUUUAAUAGACGAUAAUGCGUUAGCGGAUCAACCACAAAAAAAAGUUGAAACAACCAAAACUUUAUCAUUAGAAAGAUUAAAACCGUCAACACUGUUAAGUGGAAUUACCGAAAAUUCAUCAAUAGAUAAUAUUUUAAUUAAUAUUCAAUCGUUGGUAGAUGGGAAGGAAUUAAAUGCGAAAGAGAAAGAAGAAGAAAAGAUGGAGACUGAAGCAACAGGUAUAGAGUUGUCAUUAGAGGAACAAGCAAAAUUGGAUGCAGACAUUGCUGAAUUGUUAAACGAAGACAUUGAAAUAUUAGAAUCUAUUAAAGACAUGUCAUUAGUAGAUAAAAAGGAACCUGAUAGCGGUAUUGAUGAUUCCAAUACCGCAAUGAAUUCACUUUUAUCAUUGGGGGAAAGUAGUGGAUACGAAAGUUUUGCAUUUAAGGGUUCAUCAGAGUCGACUCCAGACAAUGAACCUAGCGAAGAUCGAAUAAGUGAGCAGGACAAAAUAGAAAUUGAAUUAAAUAAAGAUCACGGUAUUCUUCUUCAUAAUGUCAUGGAAUCGAGUUCAAUGAUAUCAGAAGAAUUAACAGCGACUAAACAAAGUAAAGAUACUUAUCGUCAAGAUGUAUUUAAUGGGCAGCCUAAUGUCGGUAUAUUUUUGGAUGUUCUUCUAAGAAAGCUAGAGUGUAUGACAAGUAAUAAUUUAUAUGUUAAUUUACACUUAACUGGUCUUAUCAGUAGAUUGGCAAUAUACCCUCAGCCUUUAUUACAAUCAUUUCUCCUAAAUCAUUCUUUGGUAUUCCAACCUAGUAUUAGGUCGCUUUUUCAGGUACUUGCCUCGUUAAAGCAUAAAAUAGAUCAGUUUCUAUCUCAGCAUAACAAUGUAGACGUAUUAGUAGAACAAGCACGAUUAUUUCUCAUUAGUCGUGAAGAUAAAUUAGUAAAUGCCAGAAAAAAUGCACUAGAAGCUGCUGCCCAUGCUGCACCCGUUAAAAGAAAUUCUUUGAGCGGAGAACCAUUUUCAAGAGUAUUCAAACGAUGUGAAAGUAAGAGGUGGAGUUUUACAUCGUCCUUUACACAAAUGCUUAGAAGAUCAAGUAAUAACUCCGGUUCGAGUAGUUUAAGCAGCACUGUUAAUCAACCAACCGGUGUAUCGGAAGAACAGUUAGAAGCUACUGGACAUGGUUCCGGAUACCGGUAUUAUACGAAAACGUCCUGGGAAUCCCCAAACGAAGUAAGUCCAGUACAAAAUGUGGUCUUAUGUGCAGUUAUAUUAGACGAAUGGCUAAAAGAAUUAGCUGCUAUUACGCAGGAACAUGCCAUUAUGUCGUUUACGCAUAGUUUGGAGUCUAAAGUGUAAUGUGUAAGAUCAUCACAUUUACAAAUUAAAAUUUAGUCGACAAUAGAAAGAAUAUAUUCAAAAUAAUUUUCCCUUUCACAGGGUUUUCACAAGUAAAUGUGAUAUAUUGUUAAAAUUAUAAAUUAUGAGUUCACAUUCUACUGAUUAGAAUGAUUUUAUGUAGAGUUAUUGUUUAAUGAAAUGUAAAAAUUAUAUACAGGAUGUUGCCUGCAGAUACAAAGAAAAAGAUAAUUAUGCUAUCUUAUUUUACAAACAUAGGUGUUAUAGGCAAAGUAAUUGCCUUUUGAAUUUUUAGAUGCAUUUUUAUUUCUCUUAAAGUUGUCAUUUGUAUACAGAAUUAAGUUAUUCGAUUUUGUAUUAAUGAUGGAGCAUAAUGUAACAAAUUUUCUGUAAUACGUGUUCUUAAAGUACUAAGUCCUUAUAACCGAUAUCGAAAGAAUUUUAUUAUGAAAACUGACAUUUAGAGCAAUUUCCUGUUCAAUAUACAUGUAUUAUUAAUUAACUUUUUAUUAUGUAUGUUACAAAUGAAAUCACUUUACUUCGAUUCUUUUUGAAUGCACACAACAAUUUAACUUAAAUAGUUAAAGAAUAUACAUAAAUUAAAAAAGUGCCAAGCCAAUACCUUAAUAUGGUAUAAUAUAUUUAACAUUUUGGAAAUUGUUCCAAAUGUUUUUCACAACUUAACGAUCAAAUAAUUUUUAUGAAAAAUUAGUUUUAUAAAAGAAACGAGUAAUAUACGUAAACAUACGACAUUAAAAUAUUUUACACUUAAGAUCAGUGCAUACUAUAAAAGAAUUAGAAUUUUUAUCUUCAUUAUUUGUACUUAAUUUAUUACACGAACAAACUUAUGCAAUUAUUGAUUAAUCUGUGUACAGAAGUAUGUUUUAAAUAUUUAGUAGCACAAUAGUUUGAUCGUUGCAUAUGUAACAUCAUAUUUUCAAAUAAAAGCUUUAUCACAGCUUCUUUCCAAAAAUUAUACAUUUAAUGAAACUAAUUUCUAUUUAAUAUUUCUAUAAAUUUUUCUCAACGAUUAGUUUUAUGAUCAUAAAUUAUUGAAAAUCAUAGUUAUAUGUGAAAUAUUUUCGUAAUUUCCAUAAAACUUAUGUUGAUUCAAUAUUGAAUUUUUGGAAAAACUGCUUAUGGUUGAAGGGUUGUUUGAGAAAGUAACAUUACAUAUGCAUCAGUCUACUAUAUAUAGGGUAAUUCCGGGUGAGAUGGCACUGCGCUUGAGAUGGCCCCAUCUCAUUAAAAUUGUCAAAUAUGUUCAAUUUUUUUGAGUGGUAUACUAAAUCUUGUACAGAGAUCUAUUUAACUAUCCUUCUUAUAUAGGUAUAUUUAUUUUCAUAAAUAUGUUUUAUUUUUUGUUAGGUAUAAAUAACAUUUAUGAUGUACACCUGGCCCUCGAUUUACGCGAACUCCAUUCCACGUGGAUUCGUUUCACGCGAAUGAAAAUCGCAUAAA